GUUUAAUGAUGUAUUCCACAAAAAACCUACUAUACAUUUUCUAAAAGUUAUGUCAUCUCUUAGAUCAGUUGGAUCUUAAAGGCAAAACGGGUUUUAACUUGGGAGGCAAGAAAACAAGCGAACGUUGUCGUACCAUGGUGGCAGCGUUGGAACGAGGACUAAGCGCUUCAAAAUCGUUCAGUUUCAAAAGAAUGUUUAAUUCAUCCUCGACAAAACAACAACAAUCUCAAACACCUGUUGUGGAUAACGGAGAUUCACAUCUUGUCGAGUCCAACACGCCUGAAAGUCAAAACUCCAAUAGCUUAUCAGAAAGCCCCGUUGAGAGCAUUCCUCAAAUGAUUUCCCCUCUUACUCGACCGGGAAAACGACCCGACAGACAACAAGCAGAUACGGAUAUGAUGAAGGACAGGUUUGCAAAACUACUACUUGGAGAAGAUAUGUCCGGUGGCGGAAAAGGAGUAUCUUCUGCUCUGGCUCUUUCAAACGCCAUCACAAAUCUGGCUGCGUCUAUAUUCGGGGAACAAACAAAACUACAACCAAUGCCACAAGAUAGACAAGCUAGGUGGAAGAAAGAGAUCGAUUGGUUGUUGUCCGUGACCGAACACAUCGUCGAGUUUGUUCCUUCUCAGCAAACGAGCAAAGAUGGAGUUUGCACCGAGAUUAUGGUGACAAGACAAAGAGGUGAUCUUCUCAUGAACAUCCCAGCCCUUCGAAAACUCGACACCAUGCUCAUCGAUACACUUGACAAUUUCAAAGGACACAACGAGUUUUAUUAUGUGUCAAGAGAUUCAGAAGAAGGGAAACAAGCGAGCAAUGCUAGGUCAAACGACAAAUGGUGGCUCCCUCCGGUGAAAGUUCCUCCCGGCGGUUUAUCUGACCCGGCUCGGAGAAUGCUUUACUUCCAAAAAGAUUCAGUCACACAGGUUCAAAAAGCUGCAAUGGCCAUUAAUGCUCAAGUCCUCUCUGAAAUGGCUAUACCGGAGAGCUACAUCGACUCUCUCCCAAAGAACGGAAGAGCCAGUCUUGGAGAUUCGAUCUACAAGAGCAUAACGGAGGAGUGGUUUGAUCCAGCGCAGUUCUUGUCCAUGACGGACUUGUCGACAGAGCACAAAGUGUUGGAUUUGAAGAAUAAGAUUGAGGCAUCUGUUGUGAUUUGGAAGAGGAAGCUUCACGUAAAAGACAGCAAAUCUCCUUGGGGAUCAGGUGUUAGCUUGGAGAAAAGAGAGUUGUUCGAAGAGAGAGCAGAGACGAUCUUGAUCUUCCUCAAACAGAAAUUUCCUGGCCUUCCUCAGUCUUCCCUUGACAUCUCCAAGAUUCAGUUUAACAAGGACGUUGGACAAGCGGUGUUGGAGAGUUACUCGAGGAUACUAGAGAGCUUGGCUUACACGGUGAUGUCAAGGAUAGAAGAUGUUCUUUACACAGAUUCUUUGGCAGUAAAGCAAGCUUUAUUGGCUGAAGAGACAUCAGAUGGUGGGAGAACGGAGACGGAUUCAGAGUCACCGGGGUCUUCUAACUCGGGAGAAGAAACCGAGAGGCUUGACCGGCAGCAUUCCAAGACCUUGUUCGAUUUCAUGGGUUGGAGUGAUAAACCUACCACACCCCCAAGUGUUACGCCGAAAAAGUUAUCCUACUUGGAGAAGCUAGAGAAGUUGAACGGUUUUCGAAGCGCCAAAGAUAGAAAUGUAUCAUGAAAAUCUAUGGGCGGUGAUAACAACUACAGAGGACAUAAGAGUGUAGCUAGGGACAAGGAAUGAAAGCAUAGUAGAAUUGUUCAAUGUGCUCUCACACCCUUCCUUCCGGGUUUAUUCCUCGGAUAGAGAAGUCCCUAACGUGUAAGGGGUUUAAAAUUUUGAAAAAAAUAACUAUAUCUCAAUCGUACAUGUUUUAUAAUAUC